AUGGCGCCUAAUAGGGACGUGAACGGCGACACAGCGUCCUUGAAACGGAAACGAGAGCCGAAGGACGAUCCUGCCCUGUCACAAAAGAAGCAUCGCCGGAGAUCCAACCAGCAGCAAGGGACGUCGCAACAACUUGACGGCGGUCUCGAGAUUCCAGAUGCCACGUCGGCCAACACCGGGGUAGUUCAGCAAAGGAUAGCACCAUGGAAGUUGUCCAAGCCAAUGGGCGGCAGGAUGCUGGAUAUCGAUCCCAUCUUUUCUCCCGACGAACGGCACUUGCUCAUCGUAUACAACACGUCGCUCCAAGUAUAUUCGACCAACGACUCCCUCCUGGUUCGCAGGAUUCCUAUCCCCGUGACGAGACCGGACGGCGAGAACGAACUCGCGUCGGCACAUAUCGUGGCCGCGGUUCUGUCAAAGAACGAUGCGAAUUAUGUUUGGGUCGCAACUUCAGACGGACGUAUCUGGCGUAUCAAUUGGGCCUCCAACUCAGCUGUGGGCGCUCCUUUUCAGAUCGAGGCUAAGAAAGUGUUGGACCUGGACGUGGACACAGUCGAGUUUGGCGGCAAGGCGGAAGAUGUUCUCCUGGUCUUGCAGAGACUCACAAAAGCCUCGGCGCAAAUAUUUGCCUACAACAGAAAGAGCCUGGAAACAGGGGUUGCUAAACUCCUCCACACUUACGACGAAAGCCCUCAACUCCUGCGGUCCAUCGCCGGAGCGAGACUGAUCGUUGCUGCGGCAAGGGAAACGUUGCACAUUGGCCAGUUGAAGGGGAAAAAGGUGGUCUCUCUGAUGGACUUGGCGUACCGCUUCCACUCCUUUGACGUCCCAGAUAUUGUCAGCUCCUUGGACGUCAGGCACACCGUUCGAGCAACGAAGAAAGGAGGAUAUGAGCUCCGGUCUGUUGAUCUUGCGAUUGGUUGUGCUCGAGGCGCAAUUUACGUGUAUCACGACUUGCUCGCCCAGCUACCGCAAGAUGAUGUUGGUGCCUUGAAGGUGGGCAUGAUACAGCCAAAGAAGCACCAUUGGCACCGUCGAGCUGUUCACAGUGUCAAAUGGUCUCAGGACGGCAACUACUUCAUCUCCGGGGGCUACGAAACCGUUCUUGUGCUCUGGCAAGUAGAUACCGGGAGGAUGGAUUUCCUCCCAUACCUGUCAGCAGCCAUCGAGAACAUUGUUGUGUCGCCUCUAGGGUCCUCGUAUGCCAUCCAUUUGGACGACAAUUCCACCAUGAUCCUAUCAACUGCGGAGAUGAAGCCAACCAUGUACGUCUCUGGCCUUCAGUCGCUCGUCUUGGGUGACCGUCCAUCCAAAGAUUCACUGGUGCGACGCAUUUGGCGACCGGCUGAUGAGAUUACAACACCGUUGGUUGCUGCUGUGAACCCGCGAUCUUCGUCACAAAUGUUUCUCUGCGUCGGCAAUGGGCAACAAGCUUCGUUGGGUGCGUCGCCCUCCACGCCACUUGUUCAGGUGUUUGACAUUUCGUCGUUCCACGGUGUCACGAAGCAUGCCAUUGCGCGGACCAGCGCCACCGACGCAAAUAUCACCACAGAGGGCGCGCCAAUCUCGGAACCGACCGCAACUCAGCUUUGCUUCUCUCGAGAUGGCAAGUGGCUUGCCUCGGUUGACGAAUGGCAGCCUCCCGAACGAGACACAGACGUACUCUUGACGGGAUCUAAAAUACCAGAGGAGGCAUCCCGGGAGAGGCGUGAGAUCUAUCUCAAAUUCUGGGAAGUUGGGGCCGAAGCCGAAGCCGACCAGUUCCAGCUGGUGACUCGGAUCAAUGAUGCGCAUCACACCGACCAAACAGAGCCUAUUUUUUGUCUUGCCAGUGACCCGACAUCCUCCCGGUUCGCCACAAUCGGAGGUGACGCCACGGUGCGAUUUUGGACCCCACGAAUGCGCAGGAGAGAUGGACUCGCAGCGACCGGCCCCAACGGCGAACCACUACGGAGCUGGGUUUGCUCCCGGACUGUCACUUUGCCCAUCCACGAGCAGCAGGAUGAUUUCGUUGAGACGGCCAAGGAUACCCCCCGCAACGGUGCUGUCACGUUUUCGGAAGACGGGUCAAUCCUUUUUGCCGCGUUCGGCCCUCCCUCGGGAGCUCUAGUCGUCGCCAUUGACACCGAGACUGGUGAUAUUCGAGACCUCGUUUUCAACAUGUACAAGGGCGAAAUUCGCGCUCUGCGCUCGCUGGGAUCGUCAUUGAUCAUGCUAUCGGAGGACCUUGUUGUUUACGAUAUUGUGGCAGAUGAGCUGCUCUACAGCUACUCUCUCAAAGAAACAUCGCCGGCUGCCAGACGGCUCGCUCAGCUUGCGGUCAACCACGAUUCCCGCAGUAUCGCCCUCGUUGCACCUAUCCCAGACCAGACACAGAGCAAGAUCAAGAAAGGGGCUAAAUCGGAGCUCGUUAUCCUCAAACUCGAUGAGGACGAGCCCCAGCUAGUUCAAACGUUCCCCCAUCUGAUCACCUCUAUUUGUGCUGCACCAUCGUCCUCCGGUUUCAUUGUCGUUGACUCCACCGCUCAAAUCUGGUCUGUAACGGAGGGGCCAGAGCAAGCGCCGAUGCUCCAGGCUUUAUCGGAUUUGGGAGUAGACAAUGAUGCCGUCGGCGACGAGGUGCAGGAAGCCGAAGCCAGCGACGAGGAAAUGGGAGACGAGGAUCAAGAUGUGGAGAUGGUGGAUGAAGAUGACACGCAUGCUGCGGUCGUAGCGCCCCAACAUCUCGCCAUGAUUUUCAAUGCCGCGCCAGCUUUCGCCAUGCCGCCGAUUGAAGAUGUUUUCUAUCAGGUGGCCGGGUUGUUGUCAACGAAGCCUAUCAGCCCCUAG